UCAAGUCAAACUUUACGUGUUCGCUUGUCCAUGUGACAGUAAUUAAGGAAAAUUCUUGAGAAAACUUAAUGCAACGAACUUUGUGGAAAAGACUAAAUUAUUAACAUAUCAUACCAUUCGAAACUUUAUACCGUAUUUUAGAAGAAAUUGAACUGAAAGUCACUGUCGACGUGUUUUUUUUGCUUUGUAAUAUCUACUAUAUAAGUGCUUAACAUCAAUAACAACACUGAUUGUACAUAUCUGCAAGCGAAAACGCUACAUCACGCGCUUUGAUUUUCCCGCAAAACAUUGUAUUAUAUUAUCUAAAAAAACACUUUGAUGCAAUACUUACGUUGCGACUUUAACUAAACGAUAAGACACAAUAAGAUAACAAUAAGAUAGUCGCAAACCGAAAAAAAUAAACAUGCCUUACUACAAGCUGACCUACUUCCCCGUAAAGGCUCUGGGUGAGCCGAUCAGGUUCCUCUUCAGCUACGGCGGAGUCGACUUCGUGGACGACCGCUUCGAUCAGGCUGACUGGCCGAAAAUCAAGCCUACGACGCCGUUCGGUCAGGUACCGAUUCUCGAAGUAGACGGUAAGAAGGUCUGCCAAUCCACGGCUAUCUGUCGUUAUCUCGCAAAGCAGUUUGGCCUCGCUGGAAAGGAUGACUGGGAAGCUCUCGAGAUCGAUGCCGCCGUUGAUACCAUCCAUGACCUUCGAGCUAAAAUCGCCGCCCAUCACUACGAAAACAACGCAACGGCCAAGGCUGAGAAACUGGCAGCGGCAAAGGAGCUGGUACCUUUCUACGUCCAGCGUCUGGACGAGCAGGUAAAGCGCAACGGUGGUUACCUUGUCGGCGGCAAGCUCAGCUGGGCCGAUAUCGUCCUUGUCGGACUUCUGGACUAUCUGAACUUCAUGUCAGGCCAUAACAUUAUUGAGAAUGCCGUCAACCUAAAGGCCCUCGAGGCCAAGGUACUGGCCCAGCCUGGCAUUAAGGCCUGGGUAGCCAAGCGACCUAAGACCGAUUUAUAAGUGUUUUUUUUUUUUUCGAAUAAUCUGUGAUGUGUGAAUUGUUGUUUUUAUAAAACUAUCGUAUAACAAUCUCAAACCGUUUUGAAUAAACACGCUUAAUACACUUAAGGUUUUUGCUAUGAAUAAAUGUCUUUAUUUUAUCAAA